GAGACUACCAAUACCAUGUCCGCCGCGAAGAUAAAAUAUUGCUGUAUGACGUCAUCAUUUUUGGGAACUGCUGGAGUGUAACAACCUUUCGAAAGUGAAAAUCUGCUUCGCUGGCGUAAUUACUUGCCUUGAGAACGCUCUCGCUAUCAUUCUUUAUUUCUACUCCCGAAAUUUCAAGUCAACAGUGGCUCGAUAUCAUCUCAGUUUUCUAACGGUUCAGAAAAUCUCCAAUAAGGCUUGAGGUAUACGUCGAACCGAACUUCAACCGAAUUAAUUGAAUAACUGGCGUGUGUCCAAGGCAAGCUUAUUUCCAGUGUCUGCAUACGUCGAGUCUAUUUUUUAGGAAAUUCUAGAGUUUCUCCAGCAGCGAGAUGGAUAAUGAGGGCGAGCCCUUCACCCACUGGGACGUGGCCGAGUGGGAGAGGGUACAAAGGGUGCGUCCAAACCUGCCCGUCAUUUUCUGGUUCCUCUUAAUAUGGGGGACGGAGAUCAGUCCGCUUACGCCAGCCCAGCAGAUUCAGUUACUGAAGGUGUGCUACGACAUCGCCUUCUUGCUAAGAAACAGUAAGAUGAUGAUGAGGGUGUAUGGGACUGCGAGUAAGGUGUAUCGUGAGAUGCGUCUGUUUGACCAAGCACUGGUAUGUUGCUCAACGGCACUAAAAAUUGCAAAAGCAAUAGGCAGCAUAGAUCUGCAGGCAACAUGUUAUCAUGACAUGGGCAGUACCUAUAACAAGCUUCAUAACUACAACAAGGCACUGGACUACUACAAGCAGUCACUAAACGCCUUCAUGAAGACUGGGGAAGAGCGUAUACAAGCAGAUGUUUAUAACAACAUCGGUGUUGUGUUCAAGUCCCUCGGUGACAAUGGUCAAGCCAUGGUGAACUACAAAAAUGCGUUAUGUAUAUACGAGAAGUUCGGGGAAGAGCGUGAACAAGCAAAUGUUUAUAACAAUAUCGGUUUAUUGUAUAAGUCGCUCGGUGACAAUGGUAAAGCCAUUGAGAACUACAAACAUGCGUUAUGUAUACACGAGAAGUUCGGGGAAGAGCUUAAACAAGCAGAUGUUUAUAACGAUAUAGGUGCUGUGUACAGCUCCCUCGGUGACAAUGGUCAAGCCAUGGAGAACUACAAACAUGCGUUAUGUAUAUACGAGAAAUUCGGGGAAGAGCGUAAUCAAGCAGAUGUUUAUAACAAUAUCGGUGUUGUGUUCAUGUCCCUCGGUGACAAUGGUCAAGCCAUGGAAAAUUACAAACAUGCGUUAUGUAUAUACGAGAAGUUAGGGGAAGAGCGUAAACAAGCAGAUGUUUAUUCCAACAUCGGUGCUGUGUUCAAGUCCCUCGGUGACAAUGGUCAAGCCAUAGAAAACUACAAACAUGCGUUAUGUAUAUACGAGAAGAUCGGGGAAGAGCUUGAACAAGCCGAUGUUUAUUACAAUAUCGGUGAUGUGUUCGAGUCCCUCGGUGACAAUGGUCAAGCCAUGGUGAACUACAAAAAUGCGUUAUGUAUAUACGAGAAGUUCGGGGAAGAGUGUAAACAAGCAUGUGUUUUUAACGGUAUCGGUGGUUUGUACAGCUCCCUCGGUGACAAUGGUAAAGCCAUGGAAAACUACAAACAUGCGUUAUGUAUAUACGAGAAGUUAGGGGAAGUGCGUAAACAAGCAGAUGUUUAUAACGGUAUCGGUAUUACGUACGGCUCCCUUGGUGACAAAGGUCAAGCAAUUGAGAACCUCAAAAAUGCGUUAUGCAUUUACGAGAAGUUCGGGGAAGAGCAUAAAGAAGCAGAUGUUUAUAAUAACAUCGGUAGUACGUACUACUCCCUCGGUGACGGUGGUCAAGCCAUGGAGAACCUCAAAAAUGCGUUAUGUAUACACGAGAAGUUCGGGGAAAAGCGUAAACAAGCAGAUGUUUAUAGCAACAUCGGUAAUACGUACUACUCCCUCGGUGACAAUGGUCAAGCCAUGGUGAACUACAAAAAGGCGUUAUGUAUACACGAGAAGUUCGGGGAAGAGCGUAAACAAGCAGAUGUUUAUAGCAACAUCGGUAAUACGUACUACUCCCUCGGUGACAAUGGUCAAGCCAUGGAAAACUACAAACAUGCGUUAUGUAUAUAUGAGAAGUUAGGGGAAGAGUGUAAAAUAGCACGUGUUUAUAACAACAUCGGUCUUGUGUUCUGUUCCCUCGGUGACAAUAGUCAAGCUAUGAUGAACUUCAAAAAUGCGUUAUGUAUAUACGAGAAGUUUGAUAACGAGCACGGUCAAGCAACCGCAUACUGUAACAUUGCUGCUAUUGCUCGAUUUUAUAAUUCUGUGGAAGCAAUGGUGCUUUACCGGUCUGCACUAGCUCUUUUUCAAAAACACGGUGACGUGAUUCGUCAGGCUGAAACAUGGCACAACAUAGGUAUCCUGUAUCUGAAUAUGUCGGAGCAUCCAGAGGCAGAGAAGAGUUUAAAAGAGAGUUUACGGCUUUUUGAACUAGUAUUUAUGAACCUUGGAAGCCUCGAAAAAUUGAAAAUUACCGUUAUAGAGACUUACAUCGAAACAUAUCGUUGUCUUUUUUACGUCUCCAUUAUACUAGACAAACCAGAACAGGCGUUACUAGCAAGCGAACAAGGACGAUCACGCGCGCUCAAAGAUAGCCUACAGAAAAAAUAUGGACUAGAAAGCAAUGCCCCCAGUGAUGAGGACACACGCUAUACAAGCUCAUUAAUCAGUGAAGACAAUACGUCGUUUGUUGUCAUUUGCUUGUCACUAGAAUGGCUUCAUUUGUUUACACUUGCAAGCGGGAAGCCCUUGGUUACCGAAUCGGUACCAAAAGAAAUAUUCUCAAGCGUCGAGUCUGAAAUCAAUGGAAAAGAUCUAGAGUGGUUACGAGACUACAUAGACAGGAUGGUAAAUGAGGCAAAUGCACACGUUCGUCUAAACCGUGACGAAUCGUUUGAAGACAGAUCCCUGAGAUUGAGCUGCGAUGACGACGGUGAUGAGUCACGGCAGCCAUCCGUGUUAGCACGAGGCGUGAGAACAGCUACCGAGAUUGAGAGGGCUCGCAAGUCGACUGAGGUCAGAGCCGAGCCAAGCGAGAACAGUGAAGACGGGAACUUCCCUGAAACAAGCUCAACAAAUAGUGAGGCUACUGGUGGUACACAGAAUCAACCUCAACUACCUACCCAAGCUCCAAUGAGCCAAGCCACAGGGAUACCACAAGAAAGCGAUGCAAUCCCCUCUGUUAAAGUGCCGCAGGAGCACGAGGAUGACACGUGUACACCACUCCUACCAAGCGGCCCCGAGACACCCAUACACCACGACCCGCUAGAAGUGUUGUACCGACUGCUGAUCUCUCCAAUUGAGGAUAACCUCACUGGGCCUGAAGUGGUGUUCAUUCCGGAAGAUUUCACUUUCAUGAUUCCAUUUGGGGCCAUGAAAGACCCCGAUGGGAGAUUCUUGGCUGAGCGAAAACGCAUCCGGACUGGCCCAUCGCUGUCCACCCUCAAGCUGCUGAGGGAGUGUCCUGAACACAAACACAGCAAGCAGAGUGUGCUGGUUGUCGCCAACCCGAGAUCUAAUGUGAACGUUGAGUGGCCCGAUGAGUUCGGACAACUUAAGGUCAAGCCAUUCAGUGAUACAUUUGCAGGUCUCCCUAAGGCAAGUGAAGAAGCAAAAAUGAUCCGCGAUCUUCUGCCCGAUGUGACUUGUCUGAUGGAAGAGCGAGCAACAAAGAAUGCGAUCCUUGCCAAGCUCAAGGAGGGUGUCGGGAUAGUCCAUAUCGCAUCGCAUGGCAACGCAAGGACAGGGAAAAUCCUAGUAGCCCCUGGACCACGCCCACAUGACGAAAUCGCCCCCUCCAAAGACUUCCUUCUGACAAUGGAGGAGGUCUACUCGUGUCAAAUCAACGCGCGUCUUGUUGUGCUGUGCUGCUGCCAUAGCGGUACAGGCGAGAUCAGAGCCGAGGGUGUAAUGGGAUUCACCCGAGCGUUCCUCGCUGCAGGAGCGCGCUCUGUUCUUGCCACACUAUGGCAGAUCAGCGAUGAGGCUACGCUUUACUUCAUGAAGCGUUUUUAUGGCCAUCUGGUCAGCGGACUGACUGCUAGUGCCAGUCUCCAACAGACUAUCCGCGACACAAUCGCCGACAAAGACAAAUACAGCCACCCGUACUACUGGGGCGCAUUUAUCUUAGUCGGCGACGAUGUUACUCUCACGUGAUGUUGUGAAUAAUGAGGGCUUGAAUGAAGCUCAACAUAUCAUAGUGUAUAAAUGGACGAUGUUACUCUCACGUGAUGUUGUGAAUAAUGAGGGCUUAAAUGAAGCUCAACAUAUCAUAGUGUAUAAAUGGACGAUGUUACUCUCACGUGAAGUUGUGAAUAAUGAGGGCUUAAAUGAAGCUCAACAUAUCAUAGUGUAAAAAUGGACGAUGUUACUCUAUUAAAAAGUUGUAAAUAAUGUGUGCUUAAUUUCAGUUCAACACAUCUUUCUGUAUGAGGUUAAAUAAGGUAAAUUAUUGUAUUGGUGUAGCUCCGUGCUACCUCUCUGUUUGAAAGAGCGAUUUAUUUGUAAUGUUGUUAUCAAUAGAGACAAGCUCUAUUGCUUCGCUAGAUAUCAUGGGAUGCUUGUAGCGAGAAAUAUCUAGAAACAGAAGUGUAUAUAUUUGUAAAAUUGAGAUUUGUAAUUUAAAGCACAUUAAGAAUA